AUGCUGGUGACCUAUUUGGAAGCCAGCCGGGACCUUUGCGAGACGAACUCAAUUCUUUUUGGCGCCGCACUGGCAGUGUGCCGUAUUAUAGGCGCCAAACUUUCCACGGCUGGACGCGCUACUGGACAAAGUAGCGCUAUCCCAGCCUGGAGAAUAAGUAUUGAAGAACGUAUCGCAAAGGCUAGGGCCCUCAUCGGCAGACUGAUAUGCUUCAGGUCAGGCAACAACAGGUCAAGGAUUGUGCGCACCGUCAGGAUGGCAUUUGCUGGGACAAAUGUUAGUUUGUCCCAGCCGGAUAUAAUGCAAAAACUGACGGAGCGCAUAGAAGGCCUGAAGCAGAGAAUCGCUGCUUGGGGAAAGCGGAUUCGGCGAUAUACCGAGAGGUCGACACGGUUUAACCAGAAUCGUCUCUUCCAGAGUAAUCAGAAGAGGCUCUAUAAAUCGUUGGAGCGGCCAAUGGUAAGUGGAACGGGCCCAGCACCGAAUCAGGCCGACACUGUAGCAUUCUGGCGCGGCCUGUGGUCAGAGCCCAUAAAUCACAGCGAGGGCCAUUGGACGGAAGUUGUGGCGAGUCAGUGUGCGAGUAUAACGCCCAUGGACCCCGUCAUAAUAACGCCGGAUGACGUAGCUUAG